AUGACUAUAACCUUUGGUGAAGCCAUGACUAGUCACUAUUGUCGGAUGCUUUUGCUUAAAGUCAUCAAAAUAAGUUUUGAUGCUGUCGUUCAACGCCUUCUUGUGAGUAACCUUUUUACCCGUAAUAAGUUGCGCAAUGGAAUACCAAAAUUGCUGAUAAAGAGGCGAACGAGAGGAAGCAUGGUUAUCAUUCCCACAACUUGGACACUCUACAGCUUGCGAUGCCGUUUUCUUCUUCUUCACUGCCUUUUUCUCUGCUUUAACACUCUCGCUCUGUUUUCUCUUCUUAUUGCGACUCCCAACUACGAGAAUGAGAUGGUCUGUUACUCGGCUUAUGUGACUAAAAGCAGGUUGAUGUUCAACUUACCAUUGUCAGCGGAUACAGCUUUAUGA